UGUUGUGCACGUGCAGAUGAUGUUUGAGCAAAAAAAAAAAAAAGCCAAAUAUAAAGCGUUGUCGUUUCAGCAUCCUGAGUUAAACCAGAACUCAUCACUGUGAAGAUUCCUGCGCAGGCAUCAGUUUGCUGAAGAAAAGGUGUCUCUUUAAAAAAAAAAAAAAAAAACCUCAGCCAGUCCUGCUGCUGACUUCAGGGUUUUCCCUCCCUCCUAUAUAAACCCGGCGUUCUCCCUCCUGCUGCAGUCACUUCUCCCCCUCUCCUCCGGCCCAGCAAACAUGAGUUUCACGCUGGACCACCACUUCAUGGGCCCGGGUUCGUACCGCAAGGCUCGGCCCGCCUCCGUCUCCUCCAGCGGCUUCCACUCCCAGCGCCGCCGCCUCGCCUACAGCCAGCCGUCCUCGGCCGACAGCCUGGAGACCUUCAGCGSGGACGGCAUGGCGCGGAGGAGCGAGAAGGAGGUCCUGCAGGCUCUCAACGACCGCUUCGCCGGCUACAUCGACAAGGUGCGCAACCUGGAGAUGCACAACCGCAACCUGGAGGCCGAGGCGGCGGCGCUGCGGCAGAGCCAGGCGGGGCGCGUCUCCAUCGGGGAGCACUACGAGCGCGAGCUGGGCGACCUGCGGGGUCUCCUGCAGCAGCUGACCGGGGAGAAGACCCGCGCCGCCCUGGAGCGCGAGCACCUGGAGGAGGACGUGCAGCAGCUGCGGGUCCGGCUGGAGGACGAGGCGCGCAGCCGCGACGAGCUGGAGGCCGCCACCCGGGCCAUGAAGAAGUACGAGGAGGAGUGCCGCCUGGCGCGGCUGGAGCUCGACAAGAAGCUGCAGGCGCUGGAGGAGGAGGCCGCCUUCCUGAGGAAGAACCACGAGGAGGAGGUGGCCGAGCUCCUGGCGCAGAUCCACGGCGCGCAGGUGAGCUUCGACCUGAGGGACACGCUGAAGUCGGACGUGACCGGCGCGCUGCGGGAGAUCCGCGCGCAGCUGGACUGCCACGCUUCAAAGAGCUCCACGCACGCGGAGGAGUGGUUCAAAGUGCGUAUGGAGCACCUGUCUGAAGCUGCCAAGUCCAACCAGGACGCGAUCCGUGGGAACCAGGAGGAGAUCGCCGAAUACCGCCGGCAGCUCCAGAGCCGCACCAUCGAGCUGGAGACCCUUCGAGGAACCAAGGACUCGCUGGAGAGGCAGAGGAUGGACAGUGAGGACAGACACCAGGACGACCUGAACUCCCUACAGGAGACCAUCAACCAGCUUGAAAAUGAGCUGAAAACCACCAAAUGGGAGAUGGCGAGCCAGCUGAGAGACUACCAGGAGCUGCUGAAUGUGAAGAUGGCUUUGGAUAUUGAGAUUGCCGCUUACAGGAAGCUGCUGGAGGGAGAGGAGAAUCGUUUAGUGUCCGGUGGAACACCGUACUCCUACUUGGAAGCCAGGAUUUCAGGCCACAUGAAGGUGAAGAGUGAGGAGAUCUCAGACACCGUCAUCGUGGAGGAGCAGACCGAUGAGACCCAGGUGACGGAGGUGACAGAGGAGGCUGACGAGGAGGAGGAGGAAGAGGAGGAAAAGAAAGACGACGAGGAAGAAGGAGAGGAAGAAAAGGAAGGUGAAGAAGCCAAAGAAGAGGGGGAGGAAGGAGAAGAGGAGAAAGUGGAGGAACAAAAGGACGAAGAGGAGAAAGCUGAUGAAGAAAAAGAUGAAUCCUCUCCUCCYAAGUCUCCUGUCCUUAAAUCACCAGAGCCUAAAUCACCAGCAGCCAAGUCCCCCGCAGGAGUUGAGUCCAAGUCUCCUGAACCCAAAUCUCCUGAAUCAAAGUCCCCUGCUCCCAAAUCUCCUGAACCCAAAUCUCCUGAAUCAAAGUCCCCUGCUCCCAAAUCUCCUGAACCCAAAUCUCCUGAAUCAAAGUCCCCUGCUCCCAAAUCUCCUGCUCCCAAAUCUCCUGAAUCUAAAUCUCCUGCACCCAAGAGUCCUGAACCCAAAUCUCCAGAAAAAGAGAAAGCCGAGCCUCCUGCUGCCAAAGACACCCCCAAGGAGGAGAAGAAGGAGGAGAAGCCUCAGCCAGUCAAAGAGGAGAAAGAGAAAGAGCAACCYGUGAAAGAAGAGAAGAAGCAGGAACCAAAGGAGAAGGAGCCAGAGAAGGUGGACAAGCCUGAGCCAAAGAAGGAGAGCAAAGCAAAAGAAGCACCCAAAAAGGAAGAAGCCCCAAAACCCGCAACUCCGAGCAAACCCUCCGAGGACAAACCCGCUCCCAAGGCUGAGCCCAAAGAGAGCGCUCCCCCUGCCAAAGAGGAGAAGCCGUCCGCCCCCAAACCGGAGAAGGCUGAGCCCGAGGCGAAGGCCGCUGCCAAAGCUGAAMCCGAAAAACCCGAGAGCAAGAAGGAAGACAAGAAGCCCGAGGAGAAGCCCGCUGCUCCCAAAGCAGAGCCGGAAAAACCAGAGAGCAAAAAGGAGGAGAAGAAGCCCGAGGAGAAGAAGGAGACGAGUAAAGACGUAAAGGAAGGAGCAACAACAGAGAAAGCUGAAAAAUCCUCUGGCACCGAGACAAAGGAGAGUAAGGAGGAAAAGGCCAAGAAGUAAGACAGAGUUGAACUUGGGGGUGUGUGUGGGGGCGAGGAAAAGAAGAUGCCAAAGAACUGUGAGGGAGGUCCCAUGAAGGCAUGGGAGGAGCUGUCCACACCAUUUAAUGUCCAAAGCAAAGCAGGUCACAGUAUGUAAGCAAUAUUGAUCCCUUGUAGCAAAUAACUCCACCCCCCACCCCCCUGCUUCCCAAAUAUGGCCGUCACAGACCCCCGAAGCUUCCGAUGUAUGACUGUAGUGAAUGCAGAAUGCUCUACACUCUUUAUCUGAAUGUGACGACUGCCCUUAAUGAAUAACAAGUGCAUUUAAAUCCGAAUCCUGAAGGAGCCGGCAGGGUCCUGCUGCUCAGCGCACGAUGGCCUUCAAGGGCAGAGGUGUCGGAAACCGCGUCAAGCUAAACGAUUGUGACAAAUAUUGAAUCCUGAAGUAUGUUUAUUUAUUGAAACAGAAGUGUCUAUAGUAUAUUUACAGAUAAACAUGUAAGGAAGACUUGAAUUUUGCUCGUUGUGCACCUUAAUGCAGCUUCUCCUGACAGGUGAACUGUGGUCUCUCACUCUUUCACUCUGCAAUGCUAGGGCAAUGAUGACUGUGCUCUGUAUAAAMUGCUGAGAAUAUGCAAUAUGAAACAGUAAAAAUAAAAAUUAUUGAAAAAAAUUAA